CAAGUUGUCAUCCAUCUUUGCCUCUUAUCUGUUUUGCAGCAAAGUCUCUUAUGUGAUCUGUUUGUCACACUCCUGCAUUUGAGCCCCAACAUGAGUUUACGGAAACUGAGUUUCAAAUGGUUUGGUAGCCUAACCAACCUGACUUUCCGCCGGUCUACUGAGAAAUCAGACUCCAAGGCUUCCAAGUCAAAGUCUACAGGAGGAUUAAGAUUUGUACCUGGAGAUGACUGUGAAGACACCCCUGUGGCAAACUUAAGUCCAGUUGCUGAGACAUCGGUGGAUGACAUGGAGGCCAUGCGUCCUCGCACCGCCAGCUAUGUCCGUUCCAGUGAGAGCUAUACACACGUUGGCACACUGCCCCGGCUACUGAUGAGGAAGAGGGACAAGAGUAGUAAAGGAUGUCCCAGCAGCAGUAAAAAGAGUAAAGAUAAAAGCAGGAUCAGCAGAAGUCAAAGCCAAAGACCUGCAGGGGACCAGAGUCAUGUGACUUUGACACUCAAGGGCACUUCAUUCAAGGUGGCUGAGGGUGAUGCAGCGGUUACAGCUGACUCUGCAGGUGCUGUGACUACGCUCACCGGAGAGUCAACAACUGAUUCAAAGACAGAGCCUGAACCUACAGGAGAAAGUGACACCCAAAAACCCCAAAACAUCCUGCCUGAAUCCACUGCUGCCAGUGAAGAUGUGUGGCCAUCUGGUGGCUUGGGCACAGCACUCCAGACAGAAGAACCAGUAGCCUUUUACUCCGGAUCUGUAGAUGAGACUUCACCAGCAUCUAUUAACCAAGGGAGAGAUGAAACUCAAGAAGAUGGUGGGCUAGAGUCCAAGCUUCUUUUUGAAGAAAAAGAUCAAGCAGGAAUCAAAGAGCUAAAAGAUGGAGAGGGAACCUCUGACAGCCACACAGAGCCAACAGAGAACCAAGUAGAAUCCAUUCAGUUCUCCAAGGAGAAGUAUCUGCUGGAGUCUCCUCCUGAGAAACUUCGUAAGGAACUAGAGGAGGAGCUGAAACUAAGCCCUGCUGACAUCAGGAGCCAUGGCUGGUACCAUGGACACAUACCCCGAGAGGUGUCAGAAACUCUGGUUUUGCGUAAUGGAGAUUUUCUGGUCUGUGACUCUCUGACCAAUGUGGGUGACUAUGUCUUGACCUGUCGAUGGGAUAAUGAGGUCCUCCACUUCAAGAUCAGCAAAGUUCUGGUCAAAUCCAAUGAGACGAAGGUGCGGUAUAUGUUGGAGUCCGACAGUUUCGACUCAGUCCAGGAGCUUGUUCGCUAUUAUGUGGGCCAACGCAAACCGGUGUCCCAGUCCAGUGCCCACAUCUACUGCCCAGUCAGCAGGACGUUACCCCUGCGGUACCUGGAGGCGACUUUUGCUCUCUCCAACAGCAAGCAAGGCUCCGCCUACUCACCUUCCAGUCAGAGGGGAGCAUACAUCAAGAGAAGGAGCGUCACCAUGACCGAUGGACUGACAACUGAAAAGAUGAUACCUCACAGUGACUCAGACAGUCCAAGUCCAGUUGAGACACCAGUGGCGCCACCAGAACCAGAGCCGGAACCUGCGCCCAGAUGCAGCCCGUCGACGAUCCACCACCAUAAAGACGCAAUGCGGAAUUGUGCAAUGAGCAUGGAUCAGAUUCAGGAAUAUCGCUGUCCCUUGUCCCCUGUUGGGGAAACCCCGCUGUCGCCUGCGUAUAGUGCCAUCACUAGGCAGAGAGCCCACUCAGGCGGUCGGAUCCUGGCCGUCGUCCCUCCCUCUCCUGCGACUCGUCGUUCCAGUGACCCUCAACUCAGCCCCUCAGCCAGCAACAGCCCUCCAGAAUAUCCCCCUCAUACCUCUCACUCGGCACACUCCUCACCUGCCCAUCAUUCAAACUACCAAUCGCAUUCCUCAGAGUCGGCAGGAAGCUACUGUGACCUCAGACCCUGCCCGUCCGGGCCACCCAAACCCCCAACUAAGAGCUACGUGGAUCGGUUGCGAGUGGAGGAAGGAAGGGGAGAGGAAACAAGACAGGAGGGUGAUGGGACGUUCAGCACCCCAAAGGUGGAGACGACGUCCUUGUUUAAGCCAUCCAGGUAUGAGUCUCUCCUUCUUCCAGCUGAGAACAAGCCUCUGGAGAUGUCUGUGCUGAAGAGAGUCAAAGAGCUGCUGGCUGAGGUGGAUGCAAGGACCGCAGCUAAACACAUCACCAUGGUGGACUGCCGGGUUGCUAGAAUAUUAGGUGUAACUGCAGAAAUGCAACGGAUGAUGGGAGUGUCCUCAGGGUUGGAGUUGCUGACGCUACCACAUGGACACCAACUGAGACUUGACCUGCUGGAGAGGUUCUACACCAUGUCUAUCAUGAUGGCUGUUGACCUCCUUGGCUGCACAGGAAGCACAGAGGAGAGGGCAGCCCUUCUCCAUAAGACCAUCCAAUUAGCAGCAGAGCUGAAAAGCAACCUGGGCAACAUGUUUGGUUUUGCUGCAGUAAUGAGAGCCCUGGAGUUGCCACAGAUUUCCCGCCUGGAGCAGACCUGGGUAACUUUGCGCCAGAGACAUACAGAGGGUGCAAUUUUAUAUGAGAAGAAACUCAAACCUUUCAUGAAAAAUAUGAACGAUGGCAAAGAAUCUAGCGUCCUGUCCAACACGUCCUUCCCUCACAUCCUUCCCAUCCUAUCUUUAUUGGAGCGAGGUGUGGCUCUCAGCGAGGCGCUCGAGCCGUGGGACAGCGCGGAGGUGGGAGUGGAUGUGGUCAUGUACCACCUAGAGGCAGCUCGCACCGUUGCACAUCACGGGGAAAUCUACAGAGCCAAUGCAGAAACCAAAAUGCAGGGAUUUCAGGAGCGAGCAGAAAUACACGAAAUCUUCCAGACGGAGUUCCAGAUGCGUCUCCUGUGGGGCAGCCGAGGCUCUGAGGGCAGCCAAUCAGAGCGCUAUGAGAAAUUCGACAAGGUCCUGACGGCUCUUUCCCACAAAUUGGAGCCUCCCGUGCGCCACAGCGAGCUAUAGCACCCGCUCCGACAUCUUACAUCACCAAAACAGUUCCGUUUGCACUUACCACUCAUGGUGGUAUGGGCUUGUUUUGAUGUGGUGAGAGUCCAGCUUGAACAAUGGGAGAAUGAAUGAGGAGGCAGCUAAAAGAGCAUGAGGAAAUGAAGACUCUCACUUCGAACAUGUUGCACUCAAAUAAGGCAGUUCCUUCUUUUCCUCCCUGUGGAUUCACUCAGCGCUGAAAUAUUAAACACAAGGGAGAUGAAACAAGCAAAGAAAACAGGGAAAUGGGGUGAUCAGCUCUUCUAUUACAAAAAAUAAAAUUUUUAUGGUGUGCCCCAAGGGUCAAAAGGAGCUGCAGUUUUUCUUUGCUCCAAUAUAACACGGACACUCAACUGUUGUCACACUGUAGCCGAAACAACCACAAUAGCUUACAUAGCUCAUAUGUAGAUGUUUAGUCUGUGUGAGUGUGUAUGCGUGUCAGUAAGUGUGUUCUCUAUUUUUGUACGUCAUUCUUUUUCUUUUAUUUUUCUUAUUUAUUUGUUAUUAUCAAAAAAUAUGAAAACAUAUCUUCAUAAAACUCAUGAGAAUCUGGAGGGAAAAACCUCAUUAACAAUGUAUCAAGCAGUCCCAUUGAAUCCCAUUAAAAAUGUAUCAGGCAUGCAUUAAUAAAUGUAUCCAAAAUGAAACAUUUGCAGAUGUAAUGCAGUUACUUGAAUGUGAGGGGCUUUGUGAGAUGUUGAAGAAGAAAAAGAAUCUUCCCUCUGUUUUGGCUGUUUAAAAACAUAUUAUUGUGUGUUCUGUGCACAAAAUGUAGCUACAAACACCAACAUAAAGGAGAAAAAGUGGAAUGUAUACACUUGGAAUUUAGUUAAAGCAAUGUUUCACUAGGUUUAUGAACAUUUAUCAACAUACUUUGGUAUGACUCUUGCUUCACUUUGCAAACUCGCUGUAAUAAAUUAAAUGGUUGAUGCAUGCAGCUGUAAAUGUUAUACCGAGUAAAAUGUUGCUUUAAUGAUCAUUUAGGCAUACUUGCAUCUAACGUGAUAAAUACACAGAUGAUUCAGUGACGGCUUCGACUUUUCAGUUUGAAAACCAAAGUGUGAACCGAAGCAUGUGUACGCAACAGCUGGGCCACACAGGAUGUCUUAAUGAAUGUAUGUUGUGAUUUUGUGUUGCAGCAAUAGAGCUAAAAUGAGUGGUUUGGUUGACUGUUCAGUGUUAUAUUAUUGCUGUAUUAACAGUACGUGAGUCUGAGAGGACUGGAGCCAACUCUCAGAGCUAUGCAAUCAUUUCAACCAAUGACUGAGACCCUUGAGAAGCUCUGAUGGGGCUCCCUUUCAAAAUAUUUAGGGAAAUCUUAAACCUCUCUUACCCAAAGAGGUGGAUGAUAUUCCUAUCAGAUAAACAGAAAUAUUUCUGAUAUUGUUUCUUGUACCCCAGAAGUGCAUAUUGAAGCUCCUUCAGUGGAUGUCGAACUGUGUUUAAACCCCUGGUUUUCUGUGCUGAUCAGAGUGAAUAAGGUCAAAGUCGGAGCCAUGUGUCGUCUCCCCCUGUCGUCCAGCAGGGGGCGCACGUAUGUCAGCAAAAAAACUGAAGAAAAAGAAACAACGCAUUUAUUGUGUUUUUGGAGACCAAGAUGAUGCCUACUGGUUUAGGUGUGACUGAUGAUUAUGAUUGAAGAUGUUUCUAUUUGUAUGAGGUGAACAGCAAAAAGUCAAGAAGCGAUUCAGGACUGAUCUCAUGUUUUUUUAUGUACUGUACAUAGUAAUUCACUUUUUUUCAAAUAAAACAAUUGCUUGUG